UUCGACCUCCAAUAGUAUUGUAGGUUUGUGUUCUAAGCGCGCGACGCUCCGAUGAGACAGAAGUCGCGAAAAUGCAGUUCUCAUCGAGUCGCGGAGGUGCUUCAACUAUAUAGUAUCGUCUCAGAGUUGCAACCGAAGGAUACGCGGCAUAGAAGAGUAAAGAACUGAUAUGUAAAAGUAUGUGUGGUGGAUCUGAAGAUUAAGAACUUAAGCUGGGGAUUCAGAAGCUUUCUCCCCAUCUCGUGAUCUCCCUUCUGCACUGCUGUGGUGAUCCAGAGUUCUACUGUGCUGCCUUGGAAGGCCACCAGUCUGAAUUCCUUGAGAGUCUCUUAACAGAUUCUACAAUUCUGUGCGUGUUUCCUCAGAAGUAAGUCCCACUGUGUCCAUUGAAGCUUAUUCCCAGCUAGUGGCAAAACACAAAUAUGCAAGAUGAACAAACAUUUGGUUUGGCUGACUAUGGAUUUCUACAAAACAAUGUUGGAGGACUAGACUGUUGGCAGUUUUGACAACAUCAAGGCAUAUAAGAUGAAUGGAGAAAGCUCAGAAAAAACUUCCGAUAAGGAGGACGCCAACAGUCCUGUCUGUGUUGGUAGAGAAGAAGAUAUAAAAAGACUUCAAAGAACAACAGUCACUGUCCAUGGCAGAGAAGUUCUUGUUUUAUACCAUGAUGGAAGGUUUUAUGCUAUGGAUUGCCGCUGUUACCAUGCAGGAGGUCCUUUGCAUCUUGGGGAAAUUGAGGACAUCAACGGCCAGCCAUGCAUUAUUUGUCCCUGGCACAAAUAUAAAAUAAUUCUGGCUACAGGUGAAGGAUUGUAUCAAGCAGUAAACCCCAGAGAGCCAUCAGUGACUCCAAAGUGGCAAUCAAAAGGAGUAAAGCAAAGGACUCAUUGCAUUACUGUGGACAAUGGAAAUGUUUAUGUGACACUCUCAGAUUUAGCUGAUGAUAUAGACUCUGACUACUAUGCUGAAAAGUACAAAAAUACUGUACAUUAUCCUAUUAAAAAAUAAUAUCUUCUGGACUUCACCGUUAAUGAGAUUAAAAUAACACUACACAUGAA